AUGCAAAUAUUAGUAUCACUACUAAUUUUGUUAAGCCUAGUAAGCUCAAUCAAUUUAAUAAAGCCAUCGAAUAAGAUCUGCAAUCCAAAUCCACAAUCAUUAAUUCCAUUUACUGGUUUUAAAAUUCUAAGACAAUAUAAGGUAUCAGGUUAUAAGAAUCCAUUAUCAAUGCAUUUCAUAACUAUAGCUCAUUGUAAUCAUGGACAAAUAGAUUAUCAAAAAGUGAUAAGAACAAAAUCAAGUUCAGAAGUAGAUUGGUCAGUUCCUUUUUGUUUACUAAAACCUAAAUUAGGUGAAAAAUUAAUAACUUUAAAUUCUUUAAAUGUUGAUGAAGAUUCAAAUACUAAUGAAUUGAAUUUUGAAGUAUUAAAUUAUUUGAAUAAUAAAUCAUUAAAGUUGAAGAAAUUAAUUAGAAAGAAAUUAGAUUUAAUCUUGGAGAAAGUUACUAAUGGAAAAUGGGUAGAAUAUAGUGGUAAAUCCAAAUCAGAAACUUUUCAAAAUUUUAAAACAUCAAGUAAUAACCUCCAAAACGAAACUUACCAAAACCAAAAUUUCAAUUUAAUCCAACUUAAAAACUCAUUUAUAAAUUUAGAAAACUCAAACUUGGUUUGUUAUAAAUUAUCAAGACGUAAAAAAUACGCUAAAAGAAAAAUAUCUUUUUUUAUGCCACAUACUUUCGUAGGUGGUAUAUUUGAAUGUUUAAUUUCAUCAGAAAUGAAACAACUCCUAUUCAAAAAUUUCUUAAAUGAAUUUCAAAAUAAUCAAAUAAAUUCUAUUUUUUUAAUACAAAAUUCUACUCAUCAAAAUUUUUUCAAAUGUGAUUCAAAUUUAUCAAGACCAAUAGCUCCAUUAAUAGCAGAAGAUUCAACUAAUCAAUGGUUUAUAAACAAGAUUUUAAACGUUUUAAAUCCACAUGUAAUUCAAAAUAUUCCUUAUUUAACUACUACAACACCACUUAAUUUAAGAUUUUCAAUGUUUGAAACUUCAGAUAUGUAUAAGGAUUCAUGGGCUAAUAAAAUUGAAAUUAAUGAAGAUUAUAUUUAUGAUGAAGCUGAUUUACAUUUUUUAACAAAAGCUAUUAAUUAUAGUUCUGAUUUAUUGAAUAAAUUAAUUAGUCCUAUUGAUUUUAAUUUUUUUUGGGAGAAAUUUAACAAGGGGAAUGAAAAUGAAAAUGAAAAUGAACUGAAAAAAGGUGAGUUGUCAUUUGAUCAGAAAUUGUUUUUAGUGUUGGGUAGGAUUGGGAAAAUUAGAUAUGUUAACGACUUGCUUUUGAAAGUAGAGAAACAAUGGGAAAAGAUUAAAGAUUAA